AUGGAUUCAGCAAACGGUAAAAAUCUUUCCUUCGAGAUACUCUGCGAAGACUACACUGCUACGUACGGUCCUAGGCUAGGAAAACUCUUAAUACGGGGAAGAAGGCCUAUUGAAACCCCAAAUUUCUUUGGAAUCACCUCCAGAGGGGUGAUUCCGCAUAUAACACCCGAUGUCAUGGCAUCGCAUAUCCAAGUAGGAGGUGUUCAUAUUGCGCUAGAAGAUAUCUUCAAGAAGGAAGAUCUAUCAACUUCCAACAAGGACUCUUCUCUACACGAAUUUGCAGCAGUUCCCAGGAGAGUCACUACUCUUCUUGCCCCGCGUCGCACUCCGGCUGUCUUAGCCCCUAAUGGAAACUCAAAUUCGUCAAUAACAAUAUUUGCCCUAAACGGUUUCCAGGAAAUCUCGAAUAAAAAUUAUAUCGGUCUUACGCGCAAACUAAGCCCAGAUAUCGCUAUUGCUAUGGCUGAUAUUCCGUAUGGCUCGGGUCCUGGUGUAAAGCGAGUAGCAAAAAUGGUUCGUAGGACCCAAGCCUGGGUAUCUGAAACGAUUCACGAAAAAGCAGAGAAUCAGGCUACAUUCGCGCCAAUUCUACCUCUUAAAGCUUCAGAGCAAUCCGAAUACUUAGAAUAUAUUUCUAACCAUGCUUCAGACUGCAUAGAUGGGCUUGCGCUCUAUAGUUCCAGCAUGCUCCAAGAUAUCCCAGCCACAAUCAGUAUACUGAGACUUCCACGACUUACUCUUGAUGAGCCAUCAUCGCCCCUAGAUAUUCUCAGAAAAAUAACUAUUGGUAUAGAUAUUUUUACUGUGCCAUUUAUAAGUAAUGCGACUGAUGCUGGAUUUGCUCUCACUUUUUCCUUUCACUUGAGCCCACAGUUCGAUGGGGAGGUGACAAAAAAAACUGGUAAAUUAUCUCUAGGUACUGACAUGUGGGAGUCUGUUCAUUCAACAUCAUUAAUACCACUCUCAGAUGGAUGUGACUGUUAUACUUGCAGCCACCAUCACAGGGCCUAUGUCCAGCAUCUACUAUGUGCCAAAGAAAUGUUGGGCUGGGUUCUUUUGCAAGUUCACAAUCAUCAUAUACUUUGUGAAUUCUUUAGAUCUGUACGAAAGAGUAUUUCUAGCGGUUGUUUCCCUGAAGACUGUGAAAAAUUUGGAGAGCUCUAUUCCGACUUCAUGCCCGAGAAGACAAGAAAACCUAUAAGGAUAAAAGGAUACCAUUUUAAAAAGGAAGAUCUUAGCCGAGAGAAUGUAGAUAGCGAGAGUUGUGAGUCAACUCGAUUAGACAAAUACUUGGGUCUUCAAGUUGACUAG